AGCCGGUUCAGCAGAAGUGUGAGGCCGGGAGGAUUUGUGCUCUUUGCACACCGGGCAGCACUCCUGAUUGUUAAGUGGGACGGGGAACAGCCUGCUGUUAAUCCUGUAAGAGAACGUACCUGAACAAAAGACAGGACUUGUUGCUGGCUGGCCUCGUCUCCUGCAGCCUGCUGUGGACAAGAGGUCGUCCGUUGCCAUCUUUGGAAAGAGCCGGCAGUCAGGAGGAAUAUGGGCAAAUCCGAAAGCCAAAUGGAUAUAAUGGAAAAAACAAGUAAACCUGGAAAGCGUCGUUGGACUGUUGCAGAAAUCGGUCUGUCUGUGCUGCUGCUGUUGGUCAGCUGUGCCUUGGCCGGGCUGGUAGUUCUCUACACAUCGAUUGUGAAAGAACAAUCCAACGAGACGAGUGUGUCGGGGAGCUCAACAAGUGAAGGACAGCUGUCUCGCUCCAGCCCCAACAGCGUGUGCACAACUGCGGACUGUGUUACUGCAGCUGCUCGGCUCUUGCAGAACAUGGAUAAGUCUGUGGAGCCUUGUGAUAACUUCUACCAGUAUGCCUGCGGGGGUUGGCUGGAGAGACAUGUCAUCCCGGAGACGAGAUCCCGCCACAGCAUCUUUGACAUUCUGAGGGACAAGCUGGAGAUUGUCCUCAAAGGUGUUCUUGAGACGGAGAAUGAACAGGACAGAAAUGCUAUCAAGAAGGCCAAAGUCCUUUACACCUCCUGCAUGAAUGAGAGCCUCAUAGAGUCGCGCGACUCCAAGCCCCUCCUGCAGCUCAUUGAGAGUAUUGGAGACUGGCCUGUGGCGUCAGAUGACUGGAACAUCACUACAGAGGAAGCAUGGAGCCUUGAGGACACACUGGCAAAGCUUACUGCUCGUUUCCACAAGAAGGUUCUGCUGGACAUGUACGUGUGGACGGACGACCGGGACUCUCGGCGCCAUAUCAUUUAUAUUGACCAGCCGGGACUUGGAAUGCCAUCAAGAGACUAUUACUUCAACGAUGGAAACUACAAAAAGGUUCGAGAGGCCUAUCUACAUUUCAUGGUUUCUAUUGGGAAGAUAACCCGAGAGGACAGGAACUUGACUCAGGAUGAUGACCGCGUGUGGGAGGAAAUGAUGCAAGUGCUGGAGCUGGAGACAGACAUCGCCAAUGCCACAUCACCGGCAGAGGAGCGCCAAGAUGUCACCAUUCUCUACAAUAAAAUGACGCUCGGAGAGCUACAGAGCACAUUCAGCUUUAAUGGUUUUAACUGGACACGAUUUAUUCAAGGUGUGUUGUCCAGCGUGUCUGUUGACAUCCAGCUAGAGGAGGAGGUGGUGGUGUACAGCUCUCCGUACCUUGAGAAGAUGAAUGACGUUCUCUCCAAACACAGUGUCAGAACUAUGCAGAACUACCUCACCUGGCAGCUCAUCAUCGACAGAGUUAAUAGCUUGAGCCGCCGUUUCAAAGAUGCCAGGGCCCGUUACAGAAAGACUCUCUAUGGGACCACUGUGGAGGAUGCUUGGUGGCGAGAAUGUGUCCGUUAUGUCCAGAACAGCAUGGAGAACGCAGUUGGAGCUCUGUAUGUGCACGAGACCUUUGCUGGAGAAAGCAAACGAAUGGUCAGUGACCUUAUCGGUAAGAUCCAGAAAGCGUAUGUUGAAACACUGGAGGAGUUAAGCUGGAUGGAUUCUCCCUCCAAGGAGAAGGCAAGAGAGAAGGCCAUGGCAAUCAAGGAGCAUAUUGGCUAUCCGGAUCAUAUUCUGCAGAAAAGCAACCAGAAGCUUGACCAGGAGUACGCUCAUCUGAAUUUUAGUGAAGACCACUACUUUGAGAACAUCCUCGAGAACCUCAAGUAUGAAGCGCAAAAGAGUCUGAAGAAGCUCAGAGAACCAGUUGACCCGGACUUGUGGAUAAUUGGUGCUGCUGUGGUGAACGCCUUCUACUCACCCAACAGAAACCAAAUCGUGUUUCCAGCAGGAAUCCUGCAGCCGCCUUUCUUCAGUAAACACCAGCACCAGGCUCUUAACUUUGGUGGAAUAGGAAUGGUUAUCGGACAUGAGAUCACACACGGAUUUGAUGACAACGGGCGUAAUUUUGACAAGGAUGGUAAUAUGCUAAACUGGUGGAGUAAUUACUCUGCUGAGCAUUUUAAAGAUCAGUCACAGUGCAUGGUGCAACAAUAUGGUAACUUCAACUGGAAGCUAGCGGGUGGACAAAACGUCAGUGGAAUCAGCACUUUGGGGGAGAACAUUGCAGACAAUGGAGGCGUUCGACAAGCAUAUAAGGCUUAUCUAAAGUGGGUGGAGAUAGAGGGCGAGGAGCCUCGUCUACCUGGUCUAGACAUGGAUCACAAGCAACUUUUCUUUCUUAACUUUGCCCAAGUGUGGUGUGGUGCUUAUCGGCCUGAGUAUGCCAGCCAGUCCAUCAAGACUGACUCACACAGUCCCUUAGAGUACAGGGUGCUUGGAUCCCUCCAGAAUUUCGAAGCGUUCUCCGAAGCUUUCCAGUGCCAAAAGGGCAGUCAAAUGAACCCCGAGCAGAAGUGUCGUGUCUGGUAGAAGGUUUUACUCUUGAGAAAUGUAUUGCUUGACUUGGGCAACUCAAAUCAAAAGAACAAGUUGUCCUGCUUAAACCCACGUAGACAUCCCUGCUUAUUUCCAAUUUAUUUGGGGCAGAGUGACAAAGCAGAUAUUUGCAUAUACUGUAGAUGUUUUUCAAAUCUAUGACAUCCUGGACUACACUCUAGUUUCAAAACUUGAAGCACAAAUACCAUAAAUAAAAUUAAACUUGCGAGAGUAUCUUCUCAAGUUUGAAGUGUUGUGUGUGGAUGAGAAGGCCACAUAGAGAAGGUUGAGGCUUAUAUGGCCGGCUUUAAAUGCUCUGCCAGCCUUUCUUGACUUAAUCCUUCGUCCCUCUCAUGCAGAUCUUUGUGACUUAUCCAUUAUCAUUCGGCACUGAGCUGCCUUGGUGUCUCCUCUGAUGUAGUGUUUCCAAGACAGUGUGCCACUUCAGAAGAAACAAUGGUGAAAAAGUAUAACUCUGAGUGAAGAGUAUGAAAUAAAUGAAAGCUCAGGGCUUUGCCGAAGUAAACUACAAUAGAAUUAGUCACACUCUGAGAGUUUGGUCAUUCACUGUUACAUGAAACAAAUUACCUAAAGACUUUAAGACUGUUAAAUCUUUGCAGCUUUAACCUUAAAUUAACAUUCUGAGAGAGCUCCGGCUUUCAACAUUUUUACACUUGCAGAGUGGAUACAUAUUUAACGAUUACAAAGCUAUUUAGUACCUUUUGGAGGAUAAUUUUUUCUAAGUUUCUUUAUCACGUCCUGCAAAUGAUUGUUGCUCACUGCAGAAAUGUAUAUGUGUGUCACAACGGUUUUCCUGUCAGAAACCAUAUUCCAGAUGUUUUGAAAAAUACUGGUGGCCUGCUACUUUUUUCGCUAGUGAGACACCUGUGAUGAUGAUGAUGAUAAAAAAAACAAAAACCAAUGUAUAUCACUUUAUUGAAUUAUUGGUUAUUUGCAAGUUUAGAUACAGGCUUGGAUAUACAGUAGGUUGCUAAUCACAGCUAUGUUGUGUGUUUGACGCUCGCUCCCUCUCUUUUUUCUGCUUCCGCCCAUUCCAUGCACCUUCAACAUGAUUUUAAGAGAUUAUAUAGCUGUCAAAACGUCUAACAUGUGCCAUAUGUUAGAUGACACGUACCUACAUUUAUUCAAAAUUAUAAUGUUUGCUUGUAUGAUAUAUGUAUGUUUACAUUUAACUCGACAUGGUGAUUGAUAUGUAGAAGAACUGUUAUUUCUUUCGCCACGUGAUCCCCUGAGAGGAGACGCAAACACACAGUGAUUACAAGACUUUUAGCCUCUGGGCAUGGCCAAUUACAAGCUAGGGGGAAGGAGGGAGAUGAAAAGCCCUGUCACACACACACGCACUCUCACACAUGGACAGGCAGCAGAUGAAGUGGUUUGCCCUCUGAUCUCACAUUGAUCAGCGCUGUGUUAGAUGAAAGGAUGAAGUGCAGUGUGCUGAAGCGUGGUGACCGCUGUAGCCGAACCAUGAGCCCGCAGGCAGACGAACACUAAAGAAUGGAGCUUGUCAUCAAAGAGAUGGCCAGGGCCAGGACUGUUAUUUUCUACCUUUAUUAACAAGUAAUGACAGGAGAAUCAAAGCAGAGCUCAUCAGAGAGAUACUGACUGCAGGAGAGCUUUCAAACACAGCAGAAACACAAACAAACACGGCCGGUUUUUGAAUGUUUGCUUGUCGUUGGACACAUUCAGGAUGCCUUGGUAAACACGACUUUUAGGUCUCAACCGAGGCUGCAGAAUUGAAUGUGCAUAUUGAAGCUUUAGUCAGUCUACACAUAUUGGCAAAUACUGUUGUGUUUAGCAGAAAGAGAGGACACAUUCAUAAAAAAAGAAAAGACAGAACGUAAGUGGUGAUAGUGUGCUGCCAUUGCAAAGCAAAAGUUUGACAUUUUGAUUGUUAGAUGAGAACAUUUAUACCACUGUCUGUUAAAUAUAAGCAUCAGUCACAUGGUGAGGUAAGCUUAGCAUUAAAACAGGAAAUGGGGAAACAGAUUCUGGCAUUGAAAACAAAACUUGAACUGAAAAAAAAGAAAGAAACAUUAGCAUUGAAACACUUGUAGUCGGAAAAGGUUUUACUGAGAACCUAACGCUUGUUAGAGGUUAAGAGGAAACACUGAUUAGAAACGGUCACUGAAAAAGGACAUGAAGAAAAAGAUUGUCAUUGAGUAAUCAGAAUAUCUAAAUAUAAUAAGACAACAAGAUUGUAAGUGCAUGGUCAAUAAAUCAACAAGUGUGACAUUCAUUCUUAUCUCACUAUUCCCAGGAAAGCAACAAAGUGUAUCUCCCCAAAUGUCAAACUCUUCCUUUAAACAACAAGGCACAUUUAUCAUGUCUGGUUCAAAGAGAUGCUGGAGGAUAAAUCAUAAGUUACAGAUUCAUCCCGGGCUGCUGUUUGAAGGGCAACAGCUUAGACUUGACUGUAUGUUUUGUCAGGUUUUCCUAGAAAAUACACAAUGUGCUAUUGUAGAUACUUGAUGUUCUAUACUGCAGUAUUUACAUAUUCAAAUCAGGUAAGGAAGGAAGCGUACAUUUCUUACCUUAGUUCUAUAGCUUCACAUUUACAUACAUUGGUGAAAUUGUGUCGUUUUGAAAUUACCAGCCAAGUACAAAUACAUUUUUGUUAUAUAUGAACAUCUGUACACCCAUCGGAAGAGUUUAUUUAUCUACAUGAAUAUUUAUGAAAUAACAUUGUUGCUUUGCAAGAUUUUAGAUGUUAAAGAUGUUUUAUGAAUGUUCCUGCUGCUAUGUAAUUAUCUAGAUUGCCAUUAAAGUGACUGUCUCAACUGUUA